GGGUCAGGCAGGGCUCCUGCGCGGAGCGGGUGGAGUGCGAGGGGACGAGCAGCUCCUCUCUGCAGAAGCGCUUUACAGCACCAGAUGAUAGUUACCCACAGAGUGAGCCCCGAGCUUAGGCGGCUUCACUGUGUGAGUACAGCUACGCUGCUAUUAUUAGUGCUGGUAUUUAAUAUUUGUACAGCCAUAACAAGUUAAAUAUUGGAACUACGUCCUCUCUAGUACUCCUCUCCCGACAGUUCCUGAGGGUGUCUCUGUGAAGGAACAAAUGCCUCAAUCCAAAACUGGGACCUUCAGAGCCUGCCUUCAGCUGCCUCUCCAUCUGGAAGCACCAGCAGCCCUCUGCAAGAUGCUUCCAGAGUUGCUUAAGCUUGUCAGGGCUCAGCAGCAGAGCUCCAGACUUGCUUGUGUGCCCUGUUGGGACACAACACUACACCAUGCAUGUUCUCUGUGGCCUGAGGCUUGCUGCCCGUUCCCUGCACAGUUGCAGGUUCCCUGCUCCCGUGGCACCGGCUCGGGGAGCUGCGGAAGGGAGGUUCACCUCCCCUUGCCAAGCGUGCUUCAGUACGGUGGCAAAGCCACUGCUGGGCAGUGGCCUUGGAUUUUAGCACCCGCUCUGCACUAGGUCUUGUGUUGUGGUCAGUUUGGUCAUAAGUUGAAGCAUACAGGUCCUGUUGGUGAGGAACUUUGGGGAGCCUAGCAAGUACUUGAAUGUAUGAUCUCCAAAAUACCUGUAAACAUAAUUCUUUUUUUUCAGGUGUCUGUUGUAACAGGUGGUAUCUUUGGUAUGCUAGAGGCUUGUGACAGUUCUUGAAUGAAACCAGUUUUUAACUGGAGGUCACUUACUUCUGGGAAAUUUUGUUUUACUUGUCUGAAAUUCCCUUCUGCUUUACAGUGGAUAAAUUAUUCAGCGUCCUCUGUCAUAAUAUGUUCUGUAAUAUUUAAAGGUUGUUGCCUUCUUUCUGCUGGGGGCUGUGUUUCAGUGAUGGGUGAAGCAAUGCUUCUAAUAAGUAGUUUUAUAUCAUUUUGUCAGGUACUCUGGGAUUGUUUUAUGAAAGACUACAUAUGUGUCAUUUAUUAUUAUGAAUGCCUCUUAUGUUUUGGAAUUUAACAGAUGUAAUAUUUGCCAUCCUGUCACCAUCAUCACAUUUGUUUUCAUAGUUAUAAUCAAAGGUGGCAACAAUGGCAUUCAGAUGCUCAAUUAUAUUUCAUGUAGGUGACCAGUGCUAACUUACUAAAUUAGUGCAUGGUGCAGCAGGAACAAGUGUCACAGCUUCCCUCUGUUAGGAGCCAUCAGCUUGCUUCUCACACAUAAAAAUCAGUAUAUAGUGAAGCAUAUGGCACCAGUGAGUUCUGUGUUUAUUAAAGGACUAUGCCUCUGAACAUUCUGUGAAUUUUUUUCCUUAUUUCACUUGAUAUAGAUCUAAAAUGUUUUUCCCAUCUUUCAGGACUUGAAAUAUUGAACAAAUCCAUUUUUUAGUCAGAUGAAACCAAGACUUCUUAAGGUUUAUGAAAACAGUGUGAGGCUUCUGCUUGUAUCAGACUGGCCACUAGUCCGGUAUGAGGGAAUUAGAGAUCCAUCUAAGCUGUGGAAACCUAAGAUACAAGUCUCUGGUUUGAUUCAGAACAGUUUUGAACUCUUUUACAUUUUCUGCAUUUCUGGAAAAUUUGAUUGCCAGAUGUAUUGGAGGGUAAGUUCUAAGAAGAAACUACAUCCUCUCAAAACUGGUAGGGUAGCUUUUCUGCUUCAAUGUCAUUUUUCUGGUCACAAAUUAAAAGCUUCCUCAGAAUUUUCUAAGUAGUGGUCAUGUCUGAUAGUAAUAUGUAUGUUGUAAUAAUCCAAGAAAAGCUUUUAUCCUAACAAAAGCCUGGGAUAUGUUUUACAAGGUCUUAACUACUCAGAUAAAAAGGAAGCAAGAAGGAAGACCACCACCAUCAUCUCUUAGAUGACAGCUUUAAGUAAAUCACAUUUUUGUACUUGGAUCUCAGAAUGUAGAAUCACUCUUCUCAAAGAUAUUCUGAAAUGGUACUGCUGUGUAGCCAAAGCCACAGGGUUUUUCAUGAAGUAACAUCUAUGGAGGUGGUGGGAUCAAAGAACAAUAUGUUACCUGCUGAACUACUCCCUUUUUCUGUUCUUUUGGAAUCUCAUCUCUUUCCUCAAAAUGUAAAAGGAGAAUUGUUUUAUCCCACAGUUGUCUUUGCCCUGUCCAGAGUUACUACAGUGAGGAUUAGUAAUCAAGUGAAAGGAGUGUACCUCUUUUUUUGCUGUGAUUUGUGUACCUUUUGGCAGAUGGGUCAUUUUCAGAUGGGUCUGGAAAUCUUCAACUGGUUUUAUUGCUUGAACUCUGGUGUUCUAUAAGCUUUAUUUUAGGACUUUGUUCUUUGUUGUUCACUUUAGACUAGGUAGACAGGAUUUUUUUUUUUUUAAACAGAUAAUAGUUUCCAGGACAAAAAUACUGAGUUUGUAUCUUCUUUCAGAAAUUUUGUGAUACAAAAAGGCAAAACAGUGGGAAGGUUCUGUGUCCAGUUCUGAUUAAGACUGAAGAUUCAUCAAUACCUGGAAAAGAAAUAGAAGGAUAUGUAGGCGACCUGACAAUUUAGUCAACUUCUGUGUGUUGGUUGUUCCUAGCAUUCCACUGUUGUAUCCAGAUGGGAGUAAGAAUUUAAAAACAGGAGUUGUAUAAGCAAGAGGUCAUUGACUCUGACCACUGACAAAGCAGGCAGACUGUAAAGUUUCUGAGGUAAAAGAUACUCCUUGAGCUACACCCAUCAGCUGUGAGCUUUUCCUUGACUCACAUUAACUUUUCUUGUGUGGGCUUGUUUCUUUAGAGCAGAAGUGGAUCUUGAGAAGGACAUACAGCUUCCAUUUCCUGCCACAGUCACAGAGAGCAGUCACAGUCCAAAGGCUGUUCUCAGGGUAUUUUUCCCAUUAGGUCUUCAGAUUGGUUGCAAAUUUUGUGAUACUGUUGUUUGCAGUAGUGGGACAUUGAAUUCAGUUCUUUGCCUCUAAGCUCAUCACUCCCUAGUAAAGAAGGUGGUUUUCUGGAAGCCCCUGCUUUUUUCAGUUGCUGCAGUCUGUGAUAGUGAAUGAGACUCCAAGCAAAUUGCCUUUUCCAACAUGUGUGGCUUUACAGAUCUUAGUGGAUCAGUGACUGCUGUGUUCUGUGGCAAAAUUGACGUUGGGGUUCAUUCAUCUGAAUUUUUCUAGAUAUUAAUGUUCAGUCUUGAUCAAGAGGUAGUAAUGCAUAUCACUCAUCCAUUGCUUAGAUUUGUGUGGUGCAUUUCUGCAUGUGAAGAUCAUGAAAUGGUUUGAUGUGACUCUGUAGGACUGUACAAGCAAGUGAUAAUGCUCCACCCAGCAUGCUUACUGAAAUGUUUAAACUCAUGUGAAAAUAUGUGUAUGUGACCUCAAGCAGAGAGAAAACCAAUGAAAGUCAAUGAGAAUAACAACAAAGAGUGGAGUUAGGAUAUAUGCUUGUUUCAGAUUUGAAAUUUAGAGUAAACGAAGGCUGGAUAUGCAUUCCUGAAAAGGAGACUUUUUUCCCCUACACCUUGUUUCCUCAAAAGAAAGAGAAUAUGUGCUUGUACCCCAGAACCCUCGAGAAGCAAAUGUGAGUCUGUUAAGUCUUAAGAAUAUGAAUGUAUGUAUCAACAUGCAGGACUUAGCCCAUAUUUGCAUAUAGCAUAAUGUGACUUCAGUUCUGAUUUUUGGCCUAAAAACACUAUGUGUGCAUGUAAAAUAUAAUUAAUGUAAUGUUUGACCCUGGAGGAGAAUUUUUAUCUGACCUUUUAUCAGGAGUAAUUUUGGAAGCUGCCCAAAAUGUAAAAUCCCCUGAAGUUCUUCUAAAGAGAUGUUAAUGAAAAAACACUUAGGGGUAUGCUGGUCUCAGAUCUCUGAGGAAGAGAAACUUCAAUGUGACUUUGCUCAGAGAAGCCUAGAUUUUGAGACUUAUCUGCACAGAAAUAAGGUAAAAUGGAAGUCUGAUUAUUCUGGUCACAACAGCUAAACUUUAACCAAAUUGGAAAAAAAGUGCAAAGUUCUAUAUAGGAGGUGACUUGGACUCUGCUUCUUGGGGCAAAUCACACGUGCUUGCUUUGUUCCCCAAGGUUUGUCCACCCUGUGAGACGGGUACGAGACACUGCACUUGUCCUGGUGUGACAGUUCAGCUGUAAGGAACAUGACCCUCAAACCAUGCAAAGCUGGAAGGUCUGUCUGCCAUGAGCUUAACCAGAGGGAAGAUGCUGUAAGAAUUUUCUUUCCUUUCAGAUUCCUUUAGGAUCUGAUUUUUUUUCCAUUUGUUAAAGAAAAAUGCCUUCCUUGAGUGGGAAAGUGCAGACUGUCUUGGGCCCUGUGGAGCCAGACUGUCUUGGCUACACAUUGACUCAUGAACACUUGACUAUGGACUACAGCAGCUGCUUUUGUCCACCUUCUCCAGGCCAAGAGCCUUUGUCUAAUGGGCCCAUUGAGAUGAAGAACUUGUUUUGGAUUAAGCAAAAUCCCUACAGCCAUAAAGAAAACCUUCUUUUGUAUCAGGAGACAGAUGCUGUGAGGGAGGAGCUGCUGCAUUUUAAAGCAGCUGGUGGUGGGACAAUUGUGGAAAACACAACAACAGGAAUUGGCCGGGAUAUGAAUACUUUGAAGAAACUUGCUGAAGAAACUGGAGUUCAUAUUAUUGCUGGUGCUGGGUUUUAUGUGGAUUCCACUCAUUCUUCUCAAACACAGGCCAUGACAGUGGAGCAGCUGACAGAGAUUAUUGUUGAUGAGGUACUCAAAGGAGCAGAUGGGACUAAUAUAAAGUGUGGUGUGGUGGGAGAAAUAGGCUGCUCCUGGCCUUUGACUCCGAGUGAACACAGAGUGCUUCAGGCAACAGCACAGGCUCAGGCACAGCUGGGGUGCCCUAUUAUCAUCCAUCCUGGCAGGAACAGCGACUCCCCUUUCCAGAUUAUCCGCAUCCUGCAGGAAGCUGGGGCUGAUGCUUCAAAGACAGUCAUGUCUCACCUGGACAGGAUUCGUAUGUUGAUUGAUGAAGGCUAUGAAGACAGAAUUCUGAUGGCUCAUGAUGUGCACACCAAGAACAGGUUGAUGAAAUAUGGAGGUCAUGGAUAUUCACAUAUCCUCAAAAAUAUAAUUCCUAAAAUGCUAAUUAGAGGCAUAUCUCAAGAUAAAAUUGAUAAAAUACUCCUAGCAAAUCCAAAGCGCUGGCUGACUUUUAAGUAGGAACAAUAAAUAAAUAUGCCUGAUUUAUAAAGAAGCUUGAUAAAAUUCAGAUUUCAAUAGAACAGUCAUUUUAAAAAAUCUGAAAAUCUAAAAAUUAAGUAGAUGCAAAUAAACUAAUUGUAACUUUUCUUUUUAAUUUGAACAUCAAAAUUGUGUACUGUCUCUACAUUUUCUCCCUUCUGAAAGUUUGCUUAUGAGUGAAUUUUUACUGAGUAUGAGCCUACCUACAGAUUUACUAAAUAUUAGCCUACCUACAGAAUAUUUUCAACUGACAUUUUAAGAUAAUUGUUUCAAAAGCAUAAAUUACUACUGUUACUGCAUGUUACCUCUAAAGUACUUCUGAAGAUGUGUCACCUGGAAGGAAAUUUCCUUGGAAGGAAAUUAUGGUUUUCAGUUAAAUUUCCUGUCUUCAGGGGCUGAUUUUAAUCCUUGUAAUACUGUCAAUCUUCUCAUUAUCCUCAUAUUCUUUAAGUAAUACGUGAUUGAAAGGUCUGGAAGUUUUAAUUAGCUUCCAUAGACAAGAGAAGGCAAGAGGAAUCUCAAAUCAAAAAAGAUAAGGUUUCUUUCCAGUUUAACAGUUUACCUAAUUGUAACUGAAAAUGUAAAAAAUACAUGGAAAGAUAUAUUUUUGAAUAAAGCAUUUUGAUCACCUCUUAAA